AGGUCUACCGAGCCAGACCUGACGAACUUCUCUUAACUUUUUAGGGAAAUCAUUUUUAUAUAGUUUCAAUUUACAUGUUUACUUAAGUUGAAUUUUGCAAUUUUUUAUUUUAGAACGUUGUUAUAAAAUGAUGAAGAGUUGUAAAUUAACCACGGAGAUGAAACUGAAGUUAACCACGGAGAUGAAACUGAAGUUGACAAUGAUGGGGAAGAUGAAAGUAAGUUUUAAAUUUUGUAACUAUUUUAGUAGAACUAAAUUUAUAUGUUAAUGAUAACUUCUGUCUAAAACAAGAUGUUAAUUGUAUAUAUAAUUUGUUUAGUUUAUCAUAAGCGACCUGAUAAAGACAAAGCACUAAAGAAAUACAGAAAAUUGAAACUUAGACUAGAUGAUUUUAUGGAAGAAAUGAGGAAAACAGUCUUAUUAUUAGUGUCAAACUCUGUGACAACUGCAUCGUUCUCUGGUACUACUUCAACAUCAUCAUCAUCUGAUAUGACUGCAACUGCAGUGACAUCUAAUACUACUACAAUUGCCUCACCAUCUGAUACUACUACAACUGCAUUGACAUCUGGUAGUACUACUACAAUUGCGCUGACAUCUGGUACUACUACAAUUACAUCGUCAUCUGGUACUACUACAACUGCAUCGUCAUCUGGUACUACUACAGUUGCAUUGUCUGGCACUGCUGCAACCGAUCUAAAUUGGAGCAGCUACAGGCUUUAUCGCUCCCAGCACCCAGGACCUCUUUCUGAGAGGUCCUUUAACAAAUGGUGCUUUAAUAAUGGUAUGGAUGAGCCCUCAUUUAAAUGGAGAGCUCAUCCAUACAGGGGUGCUGGGAGGCACCAAGGUAAAAACAGCAACAAAAAAAUUUUUAAUAUCUUUAAUCAGUGAAGAUAUUUACAAUUUUUUUGUUGCUGUUUUUUCCUUGGUGUUUUAUUCUCAAUGAAAUAAAUUUAUAAUUUUAAUUUUGUUUGUUUUUAUUUUUUUAGUAUUUGUUUAGACUAUUAAUUUUUGACUAGACAUUUAAUUUUUGGUUCACAAUAUAACAUGACUGUAAUUGUCCCCAAUAUAUAUCAUAUCAGUUAAAUCAGAAAAAUGUACUAUAGUAGAUAAUUAACUGUAAAAAAAAACCACAUGUAAAUUUCUAAUAUUUUAAAGUUUAUAAUUUGUUGAUUUUUACCAGAUUUUAUUUCUUUUCAUUGUUUCGAAUUCAAUAGUUUAGUGUUUAUAACUGCUUUUAACUUAUGUUAAGCUUUAAUAAAUUUAAUCUUCUAAUUUUUACCUAAUAUAGAUAUUUUAAUAUGUAAAAUAGAUAGUCUUAAUAAUAAAG